CCGUCCCCGGUCCCUCCCGGUCUGACAGCCGCUCCAGACGGCGCUGAGCCCCGCUCAUGGACUAGCUGCGCCCCUGGAGGACAUCCUACUGACGCGGCUGAGAGCAGCGGGCCGAGCCAGAGCGACACCGCCGCGGUCCGGCCAUGGACGAGCAGGCGGGCCCCGGGGUCUUCUUCAACAGCGGCGGCUCGGGUUUACCGCCGGGCGUCGGGAACGUCAAAGCCCCGCAGACUGGCGACGGGGGAGGAGAGGUGGCCAGGGCGCAGUACAGCAUCCCGGGGAUUUUACACUUUCUCCAGCAUGAGUGGGCCCGGUUCGAGGUGGAGCGGGCCCAUUGGGAGGUGGAGCGGGCCGAGCUGCAGGCUCAGAUCGCCUUCCUACAGGGGGAAAGACGAGGACAGGAGAACCUGAAGAAAGACCUGGUGAGACGGAUCAAGAUGCUGGAAUAUGCCCUCAAACAGGAGAGAGCCAAAUAUCACAAACUGAAAUAUGGCACAGAACUGAACCAGGGAGAAAUCAAACCUCCGAGUUAUGACUCAGACGAGGGGAACGACACAGAGCUGCCCAGUCCUCCAAACAGCAGCCAUCAGCUCAGCUGGAAACAGGGACGCCAGCUGCUCAGACAGUACCUGCAGGAGGUGGGCUACACUGACACCAUUCUGGAUGUGAAGUCUCAGAGGGUGAGGGCACUUCUCGGUCUGACCGGAGAGUCUGCAGAGAAAAGUUCAGAGAAAAAGAGCGAACCCAUGGUGAACGGCACUGAACCAUCAUCCCUGAAGGACAGCGGCAUGGUCAGUAAACCUGACAUGUCCGACUCCGCCACUGUGUUGGAGGCCUUCAAGUUCAUUGAGAGCGCCGCGGCGGAGUUCAGUGACGAGGAUGAGGACGAGGACAGCGAGGGCCGGGACAAAACCAUCCUGGACCUGGCAGCCAUGGUGAGGAAGAAGCAGUCAUCAACACCAUCUUCUACGACCUCUGACCUCAGCGAUGACCCUGACACAGAGGAGGCCCUGAAGGGGUUUGACUUCCUGGCCAGUCCAGAUGAGCUGGAUGGAUCAGAGUCAAGAAGCGGUGAGGACGGUGGUGAGUGGGAGAAGGACGAUCAGUCUCCUCUGGGUGAACUGGCCUGGGACGUGGACCAGGGACUCAUAGCCCAGCUCAAGGAACAGUACAGGAAGGAACGCAAGGGCAAGAAGGGGGUGAAGAGACCCAACCGUUCCAAGCUGCAGGACAUGCUGGCAAACCUGCGGGACGCUGAGGAGCUUCCGUCCAUGCAGCCACCGGUGACACCCCCGUCUCGUCCCGCAGUCCCCAGACUCAAUGAGCACGAAGUGGGACGUCCAGACGAGGAGGCCAUGACGUUCCUGCCGUCGUCGGGGAAGUCCUUCAUUCUUGGACGAGUGGACGAGGCUGUAUCCAAUGAGCUGGGACUAGGAGAACUGGCCGGACUAACGGUGGCCAACGAGGCUGAGACCAUGGCCUAUGACAUCACCAACAAUAAAGACGCUCUUAGGAAAACCUGGAACCCAAAGUUCACCCUGCGGAGCCACUUCGACUCGGUCCGGAGCCUGGCAUUCCACCCGGUAGAGCCUGUCCUGGUCACAGCGUCUGAAGACCACACCCUCAAACUGUGGAACCUGCAGAAGACAGCGCCCGCCAAAAAAUGUGCUGCUUUAGAUGUGGAGCCGAUCUACACCUUCAGAGCCCACAGCGGUGCUGCCCUCUGCGUCACCAUGAGCUCAUCUGGCGAGCAGUGUUUCAGUGGGGGGGUGGAUGGCACCAUCCAGAGCUGGAACACCCCCAAUCCCAACAUCGACCCCUAUGACUCCUACGAGCCUUCAGUCCUGCGGGGGGCGCUCUGUGGUCACACGGACUCAGUGUGGGGGCUGGUCUACAGCUCUGCCCACCACCGCCUCCUGUCCUGUUCGGCUGAUGGGACAGUCCGGCUGUGGAACGCCGCCGACACCUCACCGUCGCUCGCUGUUUUCAAUGAGAGAGGAGAGCUCGGCAUUCCGACCUCGGUGGACUUGGUCAGCAGUGAACCGGCCCACAUGGUGACGUCUUUCACCACCGGACACAUCGGACUCUUCAACAUGGAGACACAGCAGCUCGUCCUGAAGCUGGAGUCAGCAGGUCCUCCAGAUGCUCCCUGUAAGAUCAAUAAAGUGUUGAGUCACCCCACGCUGCCAAUCACCAUCACAGCCCAGGAGGACCGCCACAUCCAGUUCUUCGACAACAACACAGGUAAACUGAUCCACUCGAUGGUUGCUCAUCUGGACUCAGUUACAAGUCUUGCUGUGGAUCCAAACGGACUUUACCUCAUGUCCGGCAGUCACGACUGCUCGAUCCGUCUGUGGAACAUGGAGAGUAAAACCUGCAUCCAGGAGUUCACCGCCCACCGCAAGAAGUUUGAGGAGUCGAUCCACGACGUGGCGUUCCAUCCGACUAAGUGCUACAUCGGCAGCGCUGGAGCCGACGCCCUCGCCAAAGUCUUUGUAUGACCUGAGUCGACUCUGCAGCCGAGUGUCACGCACAGGGGAAACGCUCUGCGAGAUGUGGGCAGGACUUAGGAGGAGUCGUACUUUAAGAUUUGUCAAAUAUGAACCCCCUGCCCCCACCACCCCUGACUCCCUGCCCCCUCCCAUCAUGUGGACUCAGGCUGGCCUGGGUCUGCCGAACAAACACACCUCUGGAAGAGAUGAUGAACAAAACAAACACCACCUGACGUGAGCUGGAACUUUUUGUUUUUCUUCAGCAGGUAAACUCCUCCCCCCACAGCGUCUGUCUGUCCGUCGCUUCAAGAUCCCAUUUUAAUAACGUGCCUUUUGUCAAAUUCUGUAGGAGAAUAGAUCCAAACGAGCAGCCGUUGGACUCUCUGCUCUGAACUGUAAAAUAACAACCUGUCACUCAGUUUUUCUGACUAAAUGCUCAUGUUUGUGGAUGAUGGGAGGGGCUUUAAGUGACUUUACGCCUGAUGGACAGGACUUGGAGUCCGUACUGGACGUCUUCACCGGUUUGGACUCAGUGACGAUGAGGAGGAUGAGCCUGUUUGCUGUGUUUCUCUGAGUUUUAUUUUCAUUUUACUCGCGUAGAUUUUUAUUCUUAGACCCAGUUGUUCAACAAAUCCACGACAAUGUCAAACCUGCAGCUUCUCUUCACAGUCAACAAUUUUAACGGAUCAGACCUUCAUCGAGGCAGAGAUGGUUCAGAAAAGCAUCUCAUGUCCAAACUUUACCCUAAAUGACUAAAGUGUCCUUUCAUUUCUGUGUUUUAGCACCUUUUCCUUCAGUUUGGUUCAAGUGUUUUACAGGAAACAUCACAGUUGGACCUCAUGCAAAUGAAGAGGUUUAAUUAACUCUGUUGCAUUACAAGACUUGAUACAAAAAAUUUGAAAUCUGUGAAACCUGAAGCUUCAUUUGCAUAUGGUUUUCAUAGUGCUUUAGCUGAUGCACAAAUUGUGACCAGCAGGGGUCAAGCUGGUACCAAGACCACCAACGAACCAACCCUAUGUAUCCACAGACUGUAUCAGUCACUGAAUGAAGUAUAAAGCUCAUUGUUUACACACAUCUGUAUUAUGGCAUCAACAAGUUUUCUUUCAAACUAAAACUCAUAGGCACUUAUUUUAAUAUUUACUCAAAGUAACACUUUGUUUUAUAAUCUUCACGCUCUGCAUCAGCUGAUAAUUUACAUUAUAGCUCUGUUAGCUUAGUUCUGUUUUUAGACUGAAAACAGCCACAGUAAAACCACUAAUCACCUCUGUUUUCUGUUCGGUUUGUGUUGUCAGUAGCUGCACUACAGAUCUGUUUGGAAUUGUCCAAACAAGGCCAGAGCUGUCACAUUUUAGUCUGAACUGUAGAUCAACAAAUGGCAACUUAGCAAAGAUAAGAACAUCACAUAAUAACUUUAUACCUUCAUAAGCCUCAUAAUCAAACUCACCUGUGUAGAAGAAAUGCUGCCAUUUCACCAUCAAACUCCAUUCUUUUCAUUUAGAGCUGUAUCCAGUGGAGAAAACAAAGGCUUCUAUUUUUUCACUUUUUUUCUUUGACUCUGACAGUUGCUUCUUUCUGGUUCUCAUCCUUAACUUGGUCUUGACCAGCAGUGACUCCCUCUAGUGGCCACAUAAAUUCCCCAGCCCGUCACUGGAAAUAAAUUCACUUCUUAUCUGUACAACUCAACACAUUGAUGUCCAUGACUUUAUUGUCAGCACUCCGGUCAUUUCUGAAUAUUUUUAAGCAGAUUUUAUAAAGUUUCAUCACAUACACAUGUCUUUUCAUCCCAUUUUAAUUUCCUCCUCAUUCGCGUUGUAGUAAAUCUGUCCUUAUUAAUGCAGUGAAUAAACUCCUACAUGUUUGUUUCUCUUUCUACUCCGCUCUGAUUCUUUUCUUGUAUCAAAUGAGACGAACUGUGAGCGUUAGUUUCCUUCACCUGAACCAAACCUUCUCUCUUUCGAGUUUUAUUUCCUGGUUUCUUCAUUUUCCCCCCUUUGAGUUUGACAUCUGCUGUCAUGUGACACUGCUCAUCCAAUGAGAAGCCAGGUUUCAACCUGAAAAACAGACUAAUGUGAAAAAUCCAACAUGAUCUGAAAAGCUUUGAUUCCAUUUUUUCUGUCUGUCAUUUUGUGGAUUUGGGAAAAACCUGCUGCUUUUUCUUGUGUAUUUAUGAUGAAAUCCUGACGAGCUGCAGCAACAAAAACCUGCAGUGAAGCUUUUACCGUUAAACCUGUAAGUAUUUAUUAACAACCAUGUUAAAAACAGUGUAACUGAAGCUUCGACUAAAACUGAGAACGGCCAAACAUCGGGUUUAGGUUUUAACUGCUGUAAUUUCAGUUGACUUUGUUUUUAUUUGUUAAAGUAAAGUAGCUUUUUUCAAAGAUAAGACGAUAAAUGAACCAAUUAUGAGGAGAAAAUAAAAGAAAAUUAAUCAUGUUCAUUUAUUAUUGUGAGAAAACCAGUUGUGAUCAUAAGAAAAGGAGGCUUGGGUACUUGGAGAGAAUAAGAGGAUUAUCAUCUCGUUAUUGUGACAAAAUGAGAUGAAUCUAAAAAAAAAAAAAAAAAAAUGAUGGACCUAUCAUCAUGAUUCAUUAAGUAGAGAAAAUGACAUAGUGAUCCUGUUAUUGUAAGAAAAUAAGUUUUAUUUUCUUGUUUUGGUGAAAUAAUUGGCAUAGAAGAAAAAAUCAAGUUUAAACAAGUUUAUCAUGAAAAUGAAACACUGAACCUGUUCUUGAGAAAAUAAAGUAUGAACCAGGUUUUCUAUGUGAAUAUGAUGACAUGAUCAAUGUAACUGUGAGAAAACUUUUUUUUUUUUAAUUUUGUAAAGACUAUAUAAUGAACCUGAUUUGUAAGAAAAUGACAUUUUUUGACAAAAACAAAAUAAUUUAUCAGUUGCACCAAUGAUGACGAUCAAUUCCAUAAAAACCCAAUAACUGAACCGGUUCGUUUGUGAACCGUCCCGAUCGUCCGUUCUCUGUUUCCGUCUGAACCAGGUUCUGUUCGUCCUUCAGGAGUAGAAUAAAACGGUGGAUUCGGUUUCUCCUACUUCGUCAGACGUGUACAGGCUUUUCCCGCCAAGGACGUCGUGUUCGAUGCGACUCCUGUUUUUUUUCUAACUGACUCUUUGUGUUUGGUGACGGAUGUGUACGAUACCUGUAGUUUUAGUUUUAAUCUCGGUUUUACUUGAAAGGUGAUGUUUUUUUCUGCUGGUGUUAGAAAAUACCUUUUAUUUCUCUGUAUUUCUUUUGCUUUUUGCCAAACCUCAUCUCUAAGACCGGUUUUAUUUUUGCUUUUUGAGCAGAGAAACUGAAAAAGGAUGUGUACAGUUUUUAAAUAUUAAAGCAGAUGUAUUUAUUAACCUGGUGUAUUAAGGGGAAUUUAGCAUCAGAUGAACAUAUGAAACAUUAUUGGUGUGAAAACCAUCAUUAAAAUAAAUGGAGUUUGUGUUUCAAUGUGGCUGAGGUGUAAAUCAACAGAGUUUUGGGCUGAAAUGAAACUUUAAAAUCCUG